AUGGCUAUGAAAGAGGAGAUCACUUACUUCAACAAUGGAAAAAUUGACCUGGAUGAAAUAGCAAAGGAGAAUCAAGGUUACAGUAAGGUGUACAUGAAUGCUGUAAGGAAAGAAGGUGUAACAGACAUAAUACUUUCCAGAGAAAAGGGAGACAUUUUGUACAUUCUGAGCAACACAGAAAAGAAAAAGUACAGUGAUUACUUCAAAAAGAAGAAGGAAGAUAAGGUCUUUACAAACAACGAGAAGAAAGAGUCUGAAGGUCAACCUUCUAAGAGAACGAAGCAGUCAACUCUGUUUGAUUUUAUGAAGAAGAAGUAA